CGGAGGGAGGGAGCAGGAACGCAACCGAAAGAGAGCAAAGCAGACUAGCAUAGGCUUUUGCAGGCGAACCCCAUCGCCUGCAAAGCUGUGCCCAGCGUCGCAUGAGCUGCUCUCCCAUCAAUCGGAGCACGGCACGUGUCCUCUCUCCAGGUUCUUCUCCUUCCUUCCCAUCCCCCGAUUUUAAAACGUCUCGUCUGUGCUUCUCCUUCCCAGCUUCAACCCAACUCUCUCAGAGAGAGAAGCCCCAGCGGGCGGCGGCCAUGACGGACUUGAGCGCGGAGAAGCUGCGCAGCAUCCUGGCGGAGGCCGAGAAGGCGGCGAAGAAGAUCCGAACGCAACGCGACCACCUGCUUUUGUCGCAGGCCAUGCUCGAGGGCGACGCGCCGGCGCCGCCAAGCGACGACGCCGGGGGGAUCGACAUCGAGCGGUUGAAGGGCAUGGUCUCCGGCCAGAUCGAGAAGUUCCGCUACGAGGGCCUGGACGCCGGCGCCCGCGACCUCACCGCCGUGCUCACCAUGGCGGGGGCGGAGGGCGGCGGCGUGGCAAGCCUCGCGCUCAACUCCUCCUUCCCCGUCAUGCCCGAGGAGCUGCUCCACCACGCCCUGCUCGCGCAUCACGCGGCGGACGAGAUCCCCGUCUUCGCCCGCGUCGAGGCCGCCCUCUUCGCCGUCAAGCUCGCCCGGGAGCGCCACCUCCCGCGCUGCGUCGACCACGUCCGCCGGAUCGACGCCGGCGAGCCCCUGCAGGCGGCUGGCGGCGGCGGGGAGAACGUCCCGCCGGCCCUGGAUCCGGCCACCGGCCUGCCCCUGCCCGGCAGCGCCACGGAGCAGGCCCGCGCCUGCCUCGACCGCCCGUUAGCCCUCGUGAACCUCGCCGUCGCCGCCAUGUCAAGCUUCCUCGACCAAAAGGAGGCCGCCGACGACAUCAUCACUUAGAUAGUACGUACUCCUUGGAGGGCACCAGGUGGGCCGUUGAGGAGCAACAGGACGCAGCUUGUACGGGCCGACCAUUGGAUGAUCCGAAAAUCUGUUGGGCCCUAAUGCUAGAUCAUGAUCUCUACGGCCUGGAGCCCAGUUAUGACGCCGUUUUUUCUGCCGCAUAUUACGCUGGUUAAUUCCUCUAAAAAAUAUUUUGCGCCGUUUAAUGCUCUAAAAAUUGCUCUGAAAAUCGAUUUACGUUGGUUUGAUUUUCAAGGGUUGACAGAAAAAAGCAAUACUAGUACGGAACAGGAACAGUGGAGUACACAAAGAUGUUGUAAAAAGGGUGAGCAUGCCGCACAUGUGCCACGAACUUGAUUAAUCUAGGGGGGAACCGAACAUAAUCUAGGGGAGUACGUGCAUUAAGCAUAGAAUAUUCUUUGGUCCUGAACCAUCCCAUUCCCUUUCCCUUCGCUCUCCAGUGCAGCACGUUUCCGACACUCCAGGGGGUGGGGGACACUUGGCGUGACACUUCUGCGCGCCCAUACCAAUCGCACCGACAGUUCCCAUCCAACCCCACAAGCACAGCACCACCCACCUAUCGCCCGCCGCCGCACGCGCGCCACCACCGGAAGCGAGCGGCGAGCACCGGA